AUGUCGGCCAAGUACCUGCUAUCGUUCGAGUCCCACCUGAGCAGUCUCAACAUGAUGGUCACUGAAGUAGGAGAUGGACAAUACACGCUCAUUCCACUAACCGACUGCGAGAUCAAGCUUGAAGUGCUUGAGUCAAUGUGGAACAAACUCUCUGAUGCUCACGACAAGCUUACCGGUUGCAAGGACAUCGACAUGUCCCACAACUACUUCAAAGAAGGACGAUACUCAAAAGCACUAAGUCGCUACGUCUUAGUCAAGUCGGCACUGAAGCGUCGCGUGGUCGAGCUUGAGCCACGUCCGGCGCCUCUCUCUCCGCACAAUCUCUCCCUACAUGCGCAAGCAACAACUGCUCGUCCAUUGCUGCCCACGAUUCAGCCUCCAACCUUCAACGGCGAACUACUCGAAUGGCAAUCAUUUAAGAACAAGUUCGCGUCGGUUGUCAACAAAGAAGGCGUCAGUGAAGUCGACAAAAUGCAUUAUCUCCUCCAGAGCUUGAAGGGUACCGCUUACUCCCUUGUUGCCAACGUGGAGAUCUCUAAGACUGCAUUCGCUACUGCUUGGCAGACCUUAAAUACAAGGUACGAGAAUAAACGCGUACUAAUCACCGCUCAGCUGAACAAACUAUUCAACAUCCCCCAGAUGGCGUCGCGCGCAAGCAAGGAAGUCAACAAUGUGAUCAACACAGUCAGUGAGGUUAUGAACGCUCUUGCUGCACUCGGGUCGCCAGUGGAGCAUUGGGAUCACUUCGUGGUACACUUCAUUACCCAAAAGCUCGAUCCUACGACACGAGAAGAUUGGGAACUUACUCUCGGAGCUGCGUCCGAAUUCCCGACCUACGAGCGCAUCAAAACGUUCCUCUUGUCCCGUGCACGAGCUCUCGAAGCCAUGGAAGGACGUCUCCCAGUAAAGCCACGUGAUCCCAAGGCGAACAAAAGGGCCUCCAGCAACAACAAGCCUCCUCACGGGUUCAAAAACUCCCCUGCGCAUGUCCAUGUAGCGAAUUCGCAACAAAGCGUCACUACGACUUCCGGGUCAUCCACUAACGCUAACUCUCCGCCUGGACCGAGUCCUGGACCUGCUACAAGACAUCAAAAUCCUUGCUCAUGUUGCGGUGAAGCGCAUUUCAUCGUCUCAUGUCCAUUGUACCGCAAUCUAACGCCUAACGAGCGUCAUCAGCGAGCAAUCUCCAAGUCAUUAUGCCUCAAUUGUCUUGGGACGCAUGCUCUGGAGAAUUGCCGUAGCAAAAAUCGCUGUCGUCACUGUAAUGCAGCACAUCAUUCCAUGCUACACGAUUCCACGCAUCUCUACGCUCCACCAGCCAAAUCUAACGCUCCGACGACUCUCUCGAGCCGUUUUCAAGGCUCUCAAACUAACGCAACUCCACGCUUACAACGCACGCUCUCGCCAACGUCUACUGCUGCGUCACUACUAUCAACGCAACAAUCACUCUCAUCUUAUCACUCAUCCUCACCAGAAAGACCUCUAGUGCUGCUAGCCACAGCCUACGCCUUUCUUAUUACGCCUACACAACGCCCGCACGCAGUACGGCUUCUGAUUGAUCCAGGAUCCGAGUUGUCACUCAUCUCUCAGCACGUUACUCGCCUGUUGAACCUAUCAAGCUCUGAAUCACGGAUUCCAAUCAUUGGAGUCGGAAGUGUACCCUCUGGAUCUACCAAGGGUGCUGUUAAUAUUCUACUACGCUCAGCGCACUCUGACGAUCAAGUCACGCUGCACGCACACGUACUACCACACCUUACCGUUGAAUUGCCUCCAGUUGAUGUCUCAUCUCAAUCGUGGCCUCAUAUUGCUGAUUUAGAGCUAGCGGAUCCUAAUUACGCAUCACCUGGCCGCAUUGACAUCCUCGUCGGAGCUGAUUCUUAUGGCGUGAUCAUGAAGCCGGGAAUCAGGACUGGAAGUCCCGGGCAGCCCAUUGCAAUCCAAACUAUAUUUGGGUGGGCAGUUCUGGGACCUAUCAAUUCGACAACGCUCGCAUCGCCUGCGCAUCAAGGCCUUCUCGUCACCAACUCUCAGCUUCAUGACCUCAUCGCGAGAUUCUGGGAGCUGGAAGACGUCUCAUCGUCAGGCAAGGAGUCUCUCAGUGCCGAAGAAGCAGAGUGUGAAGCUCACUAUAUGGCUACCCACUCGCGAGACAUCUCUGGGCGCUAUAUUGUACGCCUGCCUUUCAAAUCGAACGCGCCACCACUAGGGCACUCGAAGAGCAUCGCACAACGCGCAUUAACUCGCUUACUAAAACUCAUCUCAACUCAACCUGAGCUCCAGCAUCUCUACCAUGAGUUCCUCGACGAAUACGAGUCCCUGGGUCAUAUGCAGAAGGGCAAACCCUCAAACGCAGAAGCUGACAGUUAUUACUUGCCACAUCACGGUGUCAUGCGCAAUAACAAGAUCCGCGUGGUAUUUAAUGGCUCUUGCAAAUCAACUUCAGGCAACUCUCUCAAUGAUUGUCUUCACGUAGGUCCCAAGACUCAGAACGACAUCUUCGACGUCCUCCUUUACGUACGGCGCCACCAGCUUAUCUUCACAACUGACGUAGAGAAGAUGUUUCGCCAAAUUCUGGUUCACCCAGAAGAUCAAAAAUUCCAACGCAUACUGUGGAUCAACGAGAACAAUCAAGUCCAGGACUUUGAUCUCUGCACGGUUACCUAUGGUACCACGUCAGCUCCUUACUUGGCUGGCCGUACUCUGCAACAGCUACUUCUCGAUGAAGGUCACGACUUUCCCGUAGCAGUGGAACCUUUCCAGAAAGGCAGCUACGUCGAUGAUAUUACUGGUGGUGCUGAUGAUAUUAAAUCUCUUAACGCUAUUGCAACGCAAGUUGAAGAAAUGGCUCUUCGAGGAUGCUUUCCUCUAGCAAAGUGGAAAAGCAACCAUCCAGGUUUCUUCAGACUUCCUUCAUUUCAGUCAACAAGUUCAGAGACUCAUCAAUUUAGCGAAUCAUCCUCUAAGAUUCUUGGUCUUGCUUGGCAAUGCGCUCCAGAUCUGCUUAUGUUCACGGGUCAGCCCAUCCUACAAGCAACCAUCACCAAACGCACUAUACUCUCUGAAACCGCUCAGCUCUUUGAUCCUCUCGGUCUGAUUUCACCCAUCAUUGUCCGCGCGAAAGUUUUAAUGCAGGAUUUGUGGCAAGAGAAGAUCGGAUGGGAUGACACGCUCCCUCCUCAAAUCAUACAUCCCUGGACGACGUUUCGCAAUGAACUUGCACAACUCUCGCAACUCACUAUUCCUCGAUGGCUUCAACUACGAUCCGAUAAUUCUCAAGUCGAGAUACAUGGCUUCUCGGAUGCUUCACUGGCUGCAAUGGCUGCUGCAGUCUAUGUAAAAGUGUCUUCGCCAUCGGGAUCCUCCACAGUGACUCUCGUUUGCAGCAAAACCAGAGUUGCUCCACUCCAUCGUUUAACAAUUCCACGCUUGGAGCUAUCAGCCGCGCUACUACUCUCCAAACUUAUCACUCGAGUUCAAACCACUCUCCAGCUGCAACACGCUCCCGUCACCUUGUGGACAGACUCUUCAGUAUCGCUUGCUUGGAUCAACAGUGAUGCACUGCGUUGGAAGGAGUUUGUAAAGAAUCGAGUGCAACAAAUUCAACAAUCUGCGCCUGACGCAACCUGGAGGUUUGUAUCUGGGAAGCACAACCCUGCAGAUUGUGCUUCUCGAGGUCUCACUCCAUCCCAACUCAUCACGCACAAGCUCUGGUGGUCAGGUCCUGACUGGUUAGCUGAACCAAAUCAUCUCUGGCCUUCAUUCGCAGCUCCUAAUGAACUGCCAGAUGACAUGGAAAUUCGUCCUAGCACAGUGCACGUCUCCUCAACUCCACAGCUGCCGUUCGGCGUUUUAUUCCGCCAAGACACAACUCUUACCAAGUUACUUCGCGUCACAGCUACAAUUCAACGAGCCGCAGCGUGCUUUAGAAGAGUCCCGAGUUCUGGUCUCAAAUCGUCACCACUAAAUCCUGCUGACCUGCGAUUUGCUCUCACCUUCUGGAUCAAAUCGACGCAGCAAUCGUACUUUGCCAGCGAGCUCCAAGCAAUCUCUCAAGGCAAAAGUCUUGCAAAAUCCCAUCCUCUCACUCGCCUGACAGCGUGGAUUGAUCAGACCGGAUUACUCCGCGUUGGUGGACGUCUUCAAAACGCUCAACUAGAUGAAGAUGCCAAACAUCCUCCAAUUCUGCCGAAAGACUCAAUCCUCUCCCAUCUCAUCAUCUCCAACGCUCAUACACGCACUCUGCACGGCGGUACUCAGCUAACUCUGAACUACUUGCGCAAGUACUGCUGGAUUCUUGGUGGUCGUGCUCCAGUUAAGUCCCACAUCCACCGAUGCGUCACUUGCACGAGAAUACGCGGAGCCAGAGCACAACAACGCAUGGGACAACUUCCCGCAUCACGUGUUACCCCAUCUCUAGUGUUUGAGCAUUCUGGAGUCGACUACGCUGGUCCAGUGUCUCUUAAAUUUUUCAACGGACGUGGUUCGCGUACCUAUAAGGCCUGGAUCGCGGUGUUUGUGUGCUUUUCGACUUCCGCCGUUCACCUGGAAUUAGUAACGGACUACAGCGCUGAAGGAUUCCUCAAAGCGUUCAGACGAUUUGUAUCUCGCCGAGGAGUCUGCAAGACUCUCUCCAGCGACUGCGGAACCAACUUCCAAGGCGCACAAGUCGAACUGAAGAGUCUCCUAGCAGGAUUCACCAAAGAAUCGCAACACUUGCAACAGCUGAUCGCUAAUGACGGGACUCACUGGAAGUUCAAUCCACCUGGAGCUCCUCACAUGGGCGGCAAAUGGGAGGCUGCUGUGAAAUCAGUCAAACAACACCUAGCUAAAAUUAACUCUGACAAAUUGCUAACCUACGAAGACUAUACAACGCUGCUGAUCCAGAUUGAAGCUGUUCUCAACUCUCGUCCACUCAGUGCUCUCUCCGAAGACCCAGAUGACCUCACUGCACUCACUCCCGGUCACUUCAUUCGAGGAGCACCCCUCACGACUAUACCUGAACCCUCACUCCUGCAUCUACCAAUCAACCGUCUCUCAUUGCUGCAAUACAUUCAGCAGCGCCUUCAGCUGUUCUGGGCUAAUUGGUCUGAAUCGUGCCUGAAAACUCAUCAAACCAUAUCUAAGUGGAACACGUCUUUCCACGACAUCGGAAUAGGUUCCAUGGUGCUAUUGUUAGAUGAACGGUUUCCACCAUCAAAAUGGCCGCUGGGUCGUGUCACGCACGUUCAUCCUGGGCAAGAUGAUCUUACCCGUGUCGUCACCGUCAAGACUGCCACAUCAACUUACCUCAGACCAAUCCACAAGUUGGUACUACUGCCAAUUCCACGUCACGAGGAAGAUUCUCAUGAUGCUCCUCCAGCAACAUCACAGGUUCUCCGCCUACAAGCGGCGAAGGGGGGAGAAAAACCUCCCGCCUCCCGCUACAUUAUCGACCGCCGGACACUGACCGUGUAUCGCCCUAUGCUGCUUAUCGAUCGUCAGUUUUUAGAACGUCGGUGA